AUGAGUAAUAACGGAGAACAGCCCAAAUAUGACUUCCAUUGGAGUGACCCCAAGGAGAUGAGAAGACGGUAAGUAAUCAUUUAUACUUACGUAAUCGGGUGAGGAUGACAAUUGUUUCCUAUUUACUCCUAUAAUUUUGAAGCACUUGUUACGGACGUGAACUUUGUUGUUGCAAAAUUUUUUUCGAAUUUUGCCACUUUUAUUUCGCGUCAAGACAUUUCACAAAGAAAGUACUUCUAUGUGGUAUGGAGUUACAGGUCAAGACGUAUUUCAGCAAUAAGCUGAACGCGAAUAUGUAAAAAUUAGCUGCCCAAUUUUAGUUUGUAAGGGCGAAAAAAAACCCUCGAAACUUUUCUCGCAACCGCAAACGCUUUUUUGACCAAGUUUUUACCAAUUCAAAAGUUUUGUUUUGAGCUAAAAUAAACUCUGGUGUCUUGAAAAGCCUUAAAAUAUCAAAUUUGAUUAAUAAUACACCUUAAUAGUAGUUCCAAUGUAAAAAAGGGACAUUUGCGUGGUGUUGCGAGAAAAGUUCUGAGGAUUUUUUCGUCCUUACAAAACCAAAAUUGGGCAGCUAAUUUUUACAUAUUCUUGUCCAGCGAAUUUUUUGAUCUGAAAUUGAUCACCAAAAAGUUUGGAUUUUCAUUUUUUUUUAUAUUUCAAAUUUCAAUGAGCGUUAUGUUAAAAUCAGAAGCAUACUGCUCACUCGAGGAUGAAAAAUCAAUUUUUACUCAUUUUUUCAGCCAUAAGACACGAAAAAAAAUUUCAAUUUGAAAAUUAUUCAUAACUUUUCUCCAAAAAUUUGCAUAAAUUUCCAGUGAUUUUUUUUUUGGAUUCUGAAAGUUGGAUUGCAAAGCUUUUUUAAUUGUUAAAGUAUUAGUUUUGUUUUAUAAAUACCCGAAUAUACCCGCGUGGUGAACAUACCCGAAUUUUUCGAACCAGUAACCAAUUUCUCGGCUUUGAAGUCCCGCGCAGAGAUUUCCCUCCAAGCGAAAAAUGGACUACCACACACCUUUCGAUCUGACUAUGCCCCAAGCCAAAAUCGAUUUAAACAUACAGUGGGGGACCUGAUCCAGUGGCAAAAAACGUACCGUUUUGCAUCCGGGAAGGAUCAAAAAUGUGGCAAAAUGCUUCCCUCUCUAACAAGGGAUCGGCAAAUAGUUGCAACCUUUAAUCUUAACGAAACAUAUAUUAUUUGAAAGAGCAUUAAAAAUAGUGCACAACGAAAAAAAAUUAGCUGCCUAAUUUAUGUUUGAGCAAAGUUAUGGCCGUUUUAUGAAAGUGGUUAUAUGCGGCCAAAACGCCGAUUUCUUACAAGGAAAGCACUUCUAUGGGGUGUGGAAUUACCGGUCAAGAUAUAUAUAAAAAAAUUCGCAAAAAUUUUCUGAUUCAGAAUAUAUAAAAAUUAGCUGCCUAAUUUUGGUCUAUUAACGAGUUUUAUCAAGAAAUGUAUUUCUCGAGGAAAAAAAUCUGCGGCAACAAAAGCGCGCUCGGUCUCUUCCUUCGGAAGAGAGCGGUGUGGCCGAGUGGUUAGAGCGCUAGAUUGGGAAUCCGAAGGGGACGGGUUCGAUUCCUUUUGCCACACUAGAACCCAUUUUUUACAUUGGAAUUACCUUUAAGGUGUAGUUGUAAUCCAAUUUGAUAUUUUAAGGCUUGUCAAGGCCUCAAAAUUUAUUUUAGCACAAAACAAAAUUUUUUUAUUGGUAAGAACACGGUCAAAAAGACACUUGCAUUGUGUCGCGAGAAAACUUCUGAGGACAAAAACAUGUCAUCAGACCAAAAUUAGGCAGCUAAUUUAUAUAUAUUCUGAAUCAGAAAAUUUUUGCGAAUUUUUUGAUAUAUAUCUCGACCGGUAAUUCCACACCCCAUAGAAGUACUUUCCUUGUUAUAUUACAGUAAUCCUGGCGGCUUGAAAUCGUCUCCUUUGAUUUUCUAGUGUCCAAAAACGUCUACCACGGUCGUUUUAUGGCUCUACCAGUACUCGGUUAUGAGUUAUUAGACAUUACUGUUUGUUCCAAAAAAUUGUAAAUAAAACCAGGUUAAUGAGAAAAUUGGAGCAAAAGGCUUUGGAAAUACAUUUAUAUGAUCGUUGUGGUCGUUCACAAACUAAAAUCUCAAAAUUAAAAAUUUCUUAUGUCCUAGCCCUACCAACGGUUGGUCCACUGUGUCAGCAAUAGCCUUUUGCCCAAUUUUACAAUUUUCUCUUCGUAUUUUUUAGAAAAAAUGUAUAUUUUCAGGUCCUAGUAAAUUUAAUUCUCGUCCAGUAAUUAUAAUAGGUCAGGUUACUGGGAUGACACCUUGUAAUUAUAUGAUAGUGGUAUCCCCACUCUCAUCACCAUCAAAUCUUUGGUCGUUUCAAAAAAAACCAAAAAUUCAAAAAAAUCCUGUAAAAAUGAAUUUUCCCUGCGAAGGAACACAAAUUGUUUAAAAAUAUCACCAUACCAUGGUUUUGUGGCGUAUAAGGUACGAAAUGCAAAACGUUUACAGAGCCCGGAUUCGAAACCAGGACUUGUUGCACCGGAAGUGGGCUCACUGCCACUCGGCCAGCUGGACACAACUCUGUUGCAAUUCCAAGCGCUUAUAAAGUGACGACGCGUUAAAUUAGGCUAAAAUCUGUAUUUUGGCCAUAACUUUGUCCAAACAUAAAUUAGGCAGCUAAUUUUUUUUGCGUUAUGCACUGUUUUUAACGCUCUUUCAAAUGAUAUAUGUUUCGUUAAGAUUAAAGGUUGCAACUAUUUGCCGAUCCCUUGUAAGUGAAAAAGCAAUUUUUUGAAGGCCGCGCCAUUUCCCUCACAAAAAGAGCGGGCGCGCUUUUGAAAUCGGAGUUUUUUCACUUGGAGAGGAAAGCAUUUUGCCACAUUUUUGAUACUUCCCGGAUGCAAAAUGAUACGUUUUUUGCCACUGGAUCAGGUCCGUUUUUUGCCACUGGAUCAGGUUCCCUUCUCAGAAAAUGCGCAAAGUCAAAUUACCAUUUGAGUCUUUAAAAAUUGAAGUUUGAAAAUCAAAAAAUAUUUACAGAUGGGAGGCCUUUGCCAAAUUCGGAGCUGCUACAAACACUGAAAUGACGGGAAAAAAUUUUGACAAAUGGUUAAAGGACGCCGGUGUUAUCGACGGUAAGACUGUGACAACUACCAUGACGGGAAUCGCAUUCAGCAAAGUUGCAGGGUACGUCAUCGUUCCGCUCUAUUUCUGUAUGUCAUAUAUUGUGGUCAACUAAAGAAUUUAAAACUUCAGGGCUAAGAAGAAGACCAAUUUCCCAGAAACAAAGGCCGUUUUGGUGAAUGUGGCCGCCGAUAAAGCCCGCAGUUCUAAGAAAGAAGUUCAGGUAUGUAAUGCGGUCCUGCAGAAAAUCCAAAGUUUACAGGCAGAACUAGACGAAAUCAUAGAAAAAUUGAACAAACUGGAGGCUCCUGUUAUUAAAAAUGCAGCCAAAGCAAACGCGGAUGGAGUUUACAACAGGUUGACCGAUCACACAAAAUAUACAGGAUCUCACAAAGAACGGUUUGACUCCACAGGCAAAGGGAAGGGAAAGGCCGGACGGGUCGAUCAGGUGGAAAACACCGGAUAUGUGGCUUCUUACAAAAACCAUGGAGCCUACGAAAAACUUCAUAAAGAACAAUAA